UAACACUUUUUUUUUCAAAAUCUAUUACCUAAUCUUCCCGAGACUGUUGGGUACAGAUCUUUAACAUCUAUUCUUCGAAGAAAAGGUUACGCCGUCCAAAGGGAUGUUGUCAUGAAAUUACUCAGGGAAUUGGACCCCGAAGGCACUAAAAUCAGAAGGAGGAGGCGAAUCCUGAGAAGAACUUACCAUUCAAUCGGACCCAAUCAAAUCUGGCAUGUCGUUGGAUAUGACAAAUUAAAGCCAUAUGGAUUUGCCAUCCAUGGGUGUAUUGAUGGAUAUUCCAGAAAAUUGAUGUGGUUACAAGAGGGUCCUUCAAACAAUGAUCCAGCCAUCGUAGCCUCAAAUUAUGUGGAAUGUGUUCAAAAUAUGAAAGGGUGUCCUCUAAUUUUGCAAGCAGACCCGGGAACUGAAAAUAUAACCAUGGGCGCUCUUCAUUGUUUAUUUCGACACGAUGCUGCUGAUGAUUUUGCCGGACUCAGCAGUUUUAGAGUUUCACGUUCUGAUUUCAACCAGAGAAUAGAGGCCUGGUGGAGUUUAUUUAGGAGACGUAAAAGUCAAUGGUGGAUGCAUUUCUUUAAAGAUCUUGAACUUAUGGGAGUUAUCCAUCGUGGUAUCAUCAAUGAAAUUUACUCUCUGCGCUAUUGUUUCAUGCCAGUGUUACAACUAGAGUUAUCUCAGAUAGUAGAGGAGUGGAACACACAUUUCAUAUCCCAUAGCAGAGUCGCACAAUGUCCUAAUGGCCGUCCAGACAUUUUACACUCAUUAGGGGGCCAAGACUGUUUGCAGCCAAUAAAUGAAGACGAUAUUGCCUUAGCCCUGAAUGAAGUUAAAAGUUAGUAGUAUAAGUGGUUCUGUACAGUUUGAUGGACUAGCAAAUCAAAUAUUUGUGAAUAGAGGCAUGUCAGAUGCCAGUGAUUGGACCGAAGCUCUGCAUAAUUAUGUGGAACUGUUGUCAAGGCUUCGAAAUAUGUAACAUCUUGUCUAAUGAUUAACUGAACAUUCAUAUCUGUUAAUUACUGUACAAUGUGUCAUAAUGUGCAUAUUGUAUCAUUGCGUUGCUGUUGUACUGUCAUGUUGUAUUGUUAAUUUUGAAUAAACCUUCUA